UAACUGACAACAUUUCCUGCUGUUACCUCCCUUAUAUAUUCUGAGGUAUCUGAAAAUCUACAAGGCAGACUGGCCAGAUCACCAAGGACCCCAUCAGCUAAAGGAAACCCUACAGAACUUCGGACUCCUCACAGCCACCAUGAGUGAGUGUGCUGAGGAUCAUCCGCUGAAGGACAGGCUGCAGAAACUGAGAUGUCACUUCACAUGGGGGCUGCUCAUUGAAGACACUGAACUUUCGAACUUACAAGACAGGAUUUUGGAAGAGAUUCAAUUUCUAGACACCAAAUAUAAUGUACGAGUGCACAACCUAUUGGCCUAUGUGAAACACCUGAAAGGCAAGCAUGAGGAUGCCCUGGAGAGCCUGAAACAAGAGGAAGAGUUGGUCCAGGGAGGCCAGGCUGACCAAUCAGAUGUGAGGAAUCUGGUGACCUGGGGCAACUACGCCUGGGUGUACUACCACAUGGGCAGGCUGGCAGAUGCACAGACGUACCUGGACAAGGUGGAGAACACGUGCCAGAAGUCUGCAAAUCCCUCCCACUAUAGAAUGGAGUGUCCUGAGAUGGACUGUGAGGAAGGCUGGGCUUUGCUGAAGUGUGGAAGAAAGAACUAUGAGCGGGCCAAGGCCUGCUUUGAGAAGGCUCUGGAAGCAGACCCUGAGAACCCUGAAUUCAACACAGGGUAUGCAAUCACUGUCUAUCGCCUGGAUUACCCUGCCAAAAGACUAUACAAUGUCAGUGAUGCGUUUUCUCUACAGCCCCUAAGGCAGGCCAUCAGGCUCAAUCCAGAAGAUGCAUACCUUAAAGCUCUGCUUGCUCUGAAGCUGCAGGAUGUAGGACAGGAAGCCGAAGGAAGAGAGUGCAUGGAGGAAGCUCUGGCUCACACGUCCUCCCAGACCUAUGUCUUUCGAUACGCAGCCAAGUUUUUCCGCAGACAAGGCCGUCUGGAUGAAGCUCUGAAGUACUUAAAAAUGGCCUUGAAGGCAACACCCAGCUCUGCCUUUCUUCACCACCAGAUAGGCCUCUGCUACAGGGGACAAAUGUUCCAAAUAAAGAAUGCUACCCAUAUGCAGCCUAGAGGACGGGACAGGGAGAACGUGGACAGAUUGAUUCAAUUAGUCAUAUUUCACUUUGAAUAUGCUGUCAAACAAAAGCCCACGUUUGAGAUUGCUCAUAUACACCUGGCACUCAUGUAUGUAAUCGCAGGCGAUCAUGAAAAAGCUGAAGAUACUUUCCAAAAAUUGUUACACAUGACACCAGCCCAGGAAAACACACUGCAAGAUAUACACUUCCACUAUGGUCAAUUUCAACAAUUUCAAAAGAAAUCUGAAGUUGAUGCAAUUACCCAUUAUUUAAAGGCAAUAAAAAUAGGAAAGGACUCAUAUGCCAGGGAUAAAAGUAUCAAUGCCUUGAAACAAUUGGCUUCAAAGAAACUAAAGACAAAUGCAUUUGACCUGGAAGGCUUGAGUCUCCAGGGGUUGGUCCACAGGGUAAAAGGAGAAUUGAAAGAAGCCCUGGAGUGCUAUGAGCAGGCCCUGAGACUAGCUGCUGACCGUGAUAACAAGGUGGCAUGUGGCCUCUAGGUACUCUAAUAUUGACCACUUUCAUACUGUGUUUGAUUUAGGUUAACAUGUAGUAAUUACCUCUCCUGCUUGCUGGCUUUAGAAACAUAUUACAUAAUUCAUGAUAAUGAUGCAAUUUUUAAAAAAAUUACUCAAAACUGAUACAACUAGUUGCAUUCAAAAAAUAGUAAAUCAGCUAUAGGCAUUUGGCCUAGUGCUUUGAUUGCCAGGAUACCCACACCCCACCUUGAAGCACAUGGUUUCAUCCUCAGUUCCAGCUUCUGAUUUCAGCUUCAUGCUAAUAUGGACCCUGGGAGGCAACAACGAUGGCUCAAGUAGUUGGGUUCCUGUCAGCAAUGGGAGACCUGGAUUGCUCUCCCUACCUUUGCCUGUCACAACCAUAUGGGCACUUGCAGAAUAAACCAGCUAUGGGAACACCCUCUCUCUCUCCCUGUCAAAUGAAAAUAAUAGAAAAUAGUGAAACAUAAAGUAUGUAUGUGUGUGUAGAAGACAACUAUUUGCAUAAAUUUUGUUUAGUAGAAUUAACAGUUUGCCAAGUAGCUUUGUAACAAAUAAAAUACUCGGCUUAUGUGUACUAAAAUGUUUACUUCAUUUAUCAACAAAUGUUUACAGUGAUAAACACCAAAAAUACUAUGGUGAACAGGAAGAUGUUUUCCAAAAACUUAAUGCAGUUUACAACCUAGUGACACAGGCAGUAAAAUAAGUAUGCAGUCAAGUAAAGGUCAGCCUUCACAAUGAACAUGUUUUAUGUUUAAUUCAUUGUUAAAAAUUCAUAGAAAAUAAACUUCUUGGGAAAGCUUACUUGAAGCUCUAUUUAAGU